AUGGCUAUCAUGCAAUCCUGUUGCUGCUGGCGGUCCGUGAGGAGGGGCAGCUUCGCGUGCGCUAUUUAUUCUGGGAUUUACUUUACCGUAUUGGCGUUAACCACGGGCAAAGUGCUCGAGGGUGAGAGUCAAUAUCUACGAGGGAAUCGUUCGUUACCAGAAUCGACCAGCUUCCUCGAGCCGGACACCAUAUCCCCAACGACGGUACGGUUUAACGUGACGCUGCUUAUAUGCUCGAGCUGCGGUGUGAUUUGCAGCAUCCUGCUUCUCUACGGCCUCUGCAAGGAUCAACGUGUCUUCCUCGUGCCCUGGAUCAUCAUCGUCAUCACAAUCUGCUUCGUUGACGUGGCGCACUCGUUGUACCUGUUCGUCGCUGUCUCCACUUUUGACCCGACGAAAGUGAUGCUGUACACGUUGAACUUCUUCCUUCUCUGUCUGAACAUAUAUUCCGUGUUGUGCGUGAUCUCCCAGUAUCAAGAGUAUAUGGCGGGUCGAGGAACCGCCGCGGACGACUACGAAUACAGGGUUCCAGCAGUGAGGUACGCUACACAACCUCCGACUACGACCGCCACGUCUUGUCUGAGCUCUCGAAGGGCGGCGACCAACAACGAGACCAAAACGACCACAACACCGACACAAAGUCCUACGGCUGGACAGAACACGCUCUCCUCCGAGAGGAGUCCUGUCGCGGGACGACCCUCCAGGAAGCACGUCCAGUUCCCUGACACACCGUCGGACAGCCAGAAGAAAAAGUCCUAAUCUUCUAUCACGAUGUUGAUUCCUAGAAUCGAAAUGGAGAACGAGCACACGACGUCUACGUCCUCGUCGAAACUCGAGGAAGGUUCCACGAUCGAUCUGGUUCUUGAAACGCAAAAGAACAACAGUAACCAGCACUCUUGAACCAACGAAACAGUGUCCUUUUCUCUGUGUUCGGAGAGAAACGCUAAUCACAGAGGAUCUUCUCCUCCUUCUUCGUCACUUACUUACGUGUCUCUUUCGCUCGUCGAGAGAUAUCGCGGAUCCUACACACACACAGACACGCACACAGAGAGGAUACAUACCGCCAAUGAAUAAUUUAUCCUUCUCGAGGGACGCCCACCAAGUACAACUUUGAUCCACGAGAGGAGAAACCGGUGGUCGAACGACGUCGUUCCGCUAGUUCGUGUUCAAAGCGACGCUCGGUGCAGCUGAUUUGCUCGAUCGCCAGCUUUGCUACAAGAAUUACUUCCAACUAAUAGAAUCUGACGAUCCUACAGCCUCGAUCUUAC